AUGCAGGGUGGUGGUGGCGGCGGUGGCGGAGGCGACGGCUGGGGUUGGGAACGGACAGCUCGUAACGUAGCACCGAACCUCUUCGUUCUGGGGCUCUACUUCUUCCUCACGUCGUAUGGCGGUGACAACUUUCCUGGCGGCGGCGGUGGUGGUGGCGGCGGCGGUGGUGGAGGUGGCGGAGGGAAUGGCGGUGGGAGUGGUGGCAACGGGGGCAUGCAGCCUGACGGUGAUCGGCCGGGUAACAACCCACACCGGAACGACUCCAGUCGCAGUCAGGAACAGUCGGCACGAAAUGAGGAAGGGGAGCCUGACGAUGAUUCCGACGAGGAGGAGAAGGAAGAGACGCAGCGACCGCGGCGACAUGGCAACCGGCUGCAGCGGUAUUAG